AUGGCCACCUCAACAAGUUCGAACAACUGUGCCAACACAAGCGCUUUAUCCAAACCGCAGACAGCAGUAACAAUUUCGAGCAAUAAGCAAUCUCUGCGGUCCACGUUGAAUGCUUCCCAACCGUCUGAUCUAACGGAUCGUUUGUCUUUGAAUAUCGCUGCCGCAGCAGCAGCAGCCGCCGCCGCUGCAGCAGCAAAUACGCCGAAUACAACUCGGAUCAAUUUCUCGGAUCCCAAGCUGGCUUCUGCAAACGAACUUCUAUCUCAGGCAUGUCUUAUGCCUAAACUGGAUCCUGAUCCUUGUAUUCGACCGAUCUCGUUAGCUUCCUUUCCACCGGCCACUUUUUUACAAAGUGUAGCCGGUUUGCCCUUACUCAAUUCGGGUAUUACCACCACUGCCACUUCAAACCUGAAUUCCAAUCCCAGUUUGGGUGCCCUUUUGACUAGUUUGGCUUCAAGCUUUACGCAAAGAGAUGACAUCUCGACAGAUAAUGUACUGCCGACCAAUAAUCCAACAGUUGUGCCUAUAGGGAGAACAUCAAACGCCCAACUGCUCCAGCUGUUACGCACUGUUGGCACCCUACCCGCUAGUUCUGCUUCGACGAUUUCCUCAUCGUCUUCCGUUCCUUCAUCCCUAACAACCUUCGCUGCUACAGUCCCCGGGGACAGGCUUGGCAGUAGUACCACUUCCAUUCUAGCUAACAACGCUUCCAGCGAUACCACCAUCAUUAACAACAACAACAACAACACAAACACAAAUAGCAGUGAUGUUAAUCAUAUCCCCUCUCUUAUCUCAGCCGUCGAAUCCCCAGUUGACAAUCACGUGACUGUGAUCUCAGCCCUCACUGAUUCUCUACAACGACCCUCAUCCGGAUUACGUAUCUCCUCCUCCUCCUCUUCGCAACCCCAGUUUACCCGAUCAGAAGAAGUGCGAACGACUGUUGACCCCGGGGAGAACAACAACAACAACAACAACAACCCAAAACAAUUAACCAAUUCCAACCUGAACAGCGCAGUCAAUCUACCCGGUAUGGUGCAGGAUCUGGGCAAUCUUGUCGCUCAAUCGAACACCAAUAUGAAUGAUUUUCUGUGCUGUUUGUUACAAACGGCGUUGCUAAAUCAGGUGAUCUCAGUAAAUCCAGCUCAAACCGAUGAUAAUGAUGAUCGGAAUCCACCUGCGCGCUUGACCGUUUUGACCUCAGCCACACCAACCUUGAGCGGACAGUGA